CCACUUCCCCAUUCUCAUUCAUGAAAUAAAACUUAAAACUUAAAGCUUUAAGUUUAUUUUUGUUCUUUUCUCAACAACCCCAAGUUUCUUUUAUUUGUUCUUCCUUGCAUUUCCAUUACCAGGACUCUUUCAUGGAUAGGGCAAGGAGGUUGGCUAACGGGGCAAUCCUGAAACGCUUGGUGAAUGAAGCCAAGCAAUCACACAAUGGUGAAAUGAGCUGUAGAUCACAUGUUUUGUAUAACCGAGAGCCAAAUGAUUGCACACAUGAAAGAUUUGGAAUCAAAGAACAAGGUUUUCAAGUCUUUCAUUGGGAUGGGUUAUUAUAACACUCAUGUUCCUCCUGUGAUCUUGAGAAACAUAAUGGAGAAUCCAGCUUGGUACACUCAAUACACUCCUUGCCAAGCUGAGAUAUCUCAAGGGAGGCUUGAGUCUUUGCUUAAUUACCAGACUAUGAUUACCAAUCUCACCGGUUUGCCUAUGUCGAAUGCUUCGCUGCUCGAUGAGGGAACUGCCGCUGCUGAGGCUAUGGCCAUGUGUAACAAUAUACUGAAAGGAAAGAAAAAGACUUUCAUCAUUGCUAAUAAUUGUCACCCUCAGACAAUCGAGAUUUGUAAGACUAGAGCCGAUGGUUUUGAUCUUAAAGUGGUUACUGCAGAUCUUAAGGAUAUUGAUUACAGUUCUGGUGAUGUUUUUGGGGUUUUGGUUCAGUAUCCUGGUACCGAGGGCGAGGUUUUGGACUAUGGGGAGUUUGUUAAGAAUGAUCAUGCUCAGGGUGUUAAGGUUGUCAUGGCAACCGAUUUGUUGGCAUUGACAGUGUUGAAGCCCCCAGGUGAACUUGGAGCAGAAAUUGUUGUUGGCUCGGCACAGAGGUUUGGUGUGCCGAUGGGGUACGGUGGCCCUCAUGCUGCAUUUUUGGCUUCUUCCCAAGAGUAUGAGAGGUUGAUGCCGGGAAGAAUCAUCGGUGUUAGUGUUGAUUCUUAUGGGAAGCCUGCUUUGCGUAUGGCAAUGCAAACCAGGGAGCAACAUAUUCGCAGAGAUAAAGCUACCAGUAACAUAUGUACAGCUCAAGCAUUACUAGCAAACAUGGCUGCUAUGUAUGCGAUUUAUCAUGGACCUGAGGGCUUAAAAUCCAUUGCACAUCGUGUUCAUGGUCUUGCUGAGGUGUUUGCUUCGGGACUGAAAAAACUUGGCACCGUGGAAGUCCAGGGCCUUCCCUUCUUUGGUACUGUGAAAGUUACAUGUGCUGAUGCCCACUCAAUUGCUGAUACUGCAUACAAUAGUGGGAUUAACCUUCGGGUUGUUGAUGCCAAAACCAUCACUGUUUCAUUUGAUGAAACAGCGACUUUUUUAGAUGUGGACAAGCUUUUCAAAGUAUUUUCCGGUGGAAAACCAGUCUCAUUCACUGCUGCAUCUCUUGCACCUGAGGCCGAGACUGCACUUCCUUCCGGAACAGAACGACAAAGCCCAUAUCUUACACACCCAAUAUUUAACACGUAUCACACAGAGCACGAGUUGCUUCGAUACAUUCACAGAUUACAGUCUAAGGAUCUUUCACUGUGCCAUAGUAUGAUUCCAUUGGGAUCUUGUACGAUGAAACUAAACGCUACAGUUGAAAUGAUGCCCGUGACUUGGCCUCAUUUCUCCGAUAUACACCCUUUUUCACCUCCAGAGCAGGCUCAGGGUUAUCAGGAAAUGUUCAGUAAUUUGGGUGAACUAUUAUGUACGAUCACCGGCUUUGGCUCGUUCUCUUUGCAACCUAAUGCCGGUGCUGCUGGGGAGUAUGCCGGACUAAUGGUUAUACGUGCAUAUCAUAUGUCAAGGGGCGACCAUCACCGGAAUGUGUGUAUCAUACCAGUUUCGGCACAUGGGACAAAUCCUGCAAGUGCUGCCAUGUGUGGAAUGAAAAUUGUUCCCGUUGGAACAGAUUCCAAGGGUAACAUCAAUGUUGAAGAACUAAGGAAAGCCGCUGAAGCUAACAGGGACAAGUUAUCUGCUCUUAUGGUUACUUAUCCUUCAACACAUGGAGUGUAUGAAGAAGGGAUCGAUGAGAUAUGUAAAAUAAUCCAUGACAAUGGAGGUCAAGUUUACAUGGAUGGGGCUAACAUGAAUGCUCAGGUUGGUUUGACAAGUCCGGGUUUUAUCGGAGCAGAUGUUUGCCAUCUGAAUCUCCACAAAACCUUCUGCAUUCCACAUGGAGGUGGUGGACCUGGCAUGGGACCAAUUGGUGUCGAGAAGCAUCUAGCACCAUUUUUGCCUUCACACCCUGUGGUACCUACGGGAGGUAUCCCAGCACCAGACAAAUCUAACCCUCUUGGUACCAUUUCUGCUGCACCUUGGGGCUCUGCACUUAUUUUGCCGAUAUCGUACACUUACAUAGCCAUGAUGGGAUCUAAGGGUCUCACUGAUGCUUCAAAGAUAGCUAUUCUGAAUGCAAACUACAUGGCUAAACGCUUGGAGAAACACUACCCCGUUCUUUUCCGCGGAUUUAAUGGAACGGUUGCUCAUGAAUUCAUUAUAGACUUGAGAGGUUUUAAGAAUACUGCUGGAAUUGAGCCUGAAGAUGUCGCCAAAUGUCUUAUGGACUACGGAUUCCAUGCUCCUACAAUGUCGUGGCCUGUUCCUGGCACGCUCAUGAUUGAACCUACCGAAAGUGAAAGCAAGGCUGAGCUGGAUCGGUUCUGUGAUGCUCUUAUCUCCAUUAGAGAAGAAAUUGCUGAAAUCGAGAAUGGAAAGGCUGAUAUCCACAACAAUGUUCUCAAGGGAGCCCCUCAUCCACCAUAUGUGCUCAUGGGAGAUGCAUGGACUAAGCCAUACUCUCGGGAACACGCCUCCUUCCCUGCGCCCUGGCUUCGAACUGCUAAAUUCUGGCCUACUACGGGACGUGUUGACAACGUAUACGGCGACCGUAAUGUCAUCUGCACUCUUCUUCCGGUAUCGCAGAUGGUCGAAGAGGAGGCGGCAGCUAAUGCCUAGUCCUCAUCUAUGUUGACGUUGAUCUAUGUUGACAUUGAAACCAACAUCUUUUCAUGUUCAUGUACAGAAACUAUUCCACUAUUUGCAUAUGCUCAUCUAAGCUGUGACUUUCAUUUGA